AUUUAUCCAGCUGUCCAGCGUCCACCACGUCGCCGAUCGUCAUGCUCUUUGCUGGGAACGGCGGUGGCUGGGAGCUGUGUGCGAAAUUUGAAGCCGUAGCCUGGUGUUCAGGGGGUCCACAGGCCCAAUCAAGACGCAUGCCGGGGAGAGGCCGGACCUUGCGUGGACGCCUUUUCAAAAGGGCCGUCGUGCGCUGCUGACUCUUGAGAAUGAUUGUCCUCCCGCUCCGUCUCCUCCGUCUUCCUCCUGAGUCCUGGCCCAGCUGGACUUGGACGAUUACCUGAUUCUUGCACCGCACCUGAACUGCUUUUUGUCCUUUUUUUCGCCGACAGAACGUGCUGACCACAUCAACUUCCCUCCGCUGUCGCACCCCCGCACCCUCCCACCUCCUCUACCCUCUACUACCACCUACCUUACCUUACCCUCUACUACACCCUCUCCUCAGGCAUCUAUGCAUCGGGCGCUAGUCACUUUUGCACCACAUCGACACCUCGCGGGCAUAGCGCGAGUAAACACUACGACCACCUAACCACCCUACUUACCACCACCUCCUACCACCUCUUUACUCGCUGGGCCCGCUUUCCUGCCACCUGUCUGUCUGCCUGCAUACGCCCAACCGCACACACCGCGAAUACGACUAUUCCCCCCAACGCUGGCGCCAUCUAGUACAUACCGCGCGCGCGUCCUGUCUGGUGGCGACUACUCAUCAUUAUUGUGGCUCCAGCAGGCAGCGGCUUCCGGCCCAAAAGCGCUCAGCCAGUCAGGUGCGCGGAACAGCUCGGCGGACCGAACCGACCCUAGCGGCCUCUCGAAUCACCCUCUUUACUAUUUCUUCUAAACAACUUGAUCGCCUUUCGAAGUUCCGCAGGCGCCACAGAGCCGCAAGCUUCGAAAGAAACAUCGCCCGCCAUCGAAAAAAAAAAACCAAACAACCCGCCCCACCUCACACCCCUGCCGCUGCCUGACUGUCGCGUGCGCGCAUCGCAUCAUUGACGUGUUUCUUUAUCUUUGCGCCUUCCUCGACAUCACGCGACGCGGCCAGGACACGUAGCACGCGUAUCAAUCCUUUGCGCCAAUCCGACUGGAACCUUGAUCGCGUCGCUCCCAAUAUGGCUUCCGAGGUCGCGCAGCCGGUGGACAACACCGUCGCGCACAAUGAAAAGUCACUCACCAAUGGUGAUGGCGACCAUACCAUGACCGACACCGCAAACUCCGAUGCCUUCGAAGGAAACGCUGCGAUAUCAAAAGUCGAUUCGAACCUGGUCGAGAAAGCCGAUGCGCCGACGGAAACGAUGGACACCGAAACCGUCGCAACUGAACCCAAACCAAUAGAGCAUGUCGCGCCAGGCAUCACACCCGUCUCGGAUUUCAUGCCCAAAGAUGCGCCGACUUCGCAUCCCACUCCUCCACCUGACGAUGAGCCAGCGGUCACCUCCGAUUCCAAUGGCGAUGUGGUCAUGACUUCGGUUGAGGAAGUCGUGUUGCCAGAAUCAACUGCAAUUGUUCAGGACGCGACACCGGAUGUGGUCCAGGAUCCUGUUGAGCCCGUCAAAACUGCACAGCCUGCGUCACAUUCCGCGACUGACUCCGUGGUGGAGCCUACCAAUGUAAUCGUUGCGCAAUCCAAGCCUGACGAAGACCUUGCGCCGGUGUCUGCAACCUCGGAGUCGAGCCUUGUACGGCCACGAGAGGAAGAGGAUGGUGAUGCUGAGGAAGAAGAGCGCGCUGCGAAGCGGACGAGAAUCAACGAGACGGGACAAGAAGAGCUUGGUGCAGCUGCAGUAGAGGCCAGCGCAGAUGCAAAUGUCAACCCAGCACCUGCGCCCGUACAAACCAAAGUGGAACUGGACCCAGAACCCAAGACUGAUGUUGUGGAUGUGAAGCAGCCUGCAGAAGAAGUAACAAGCGCAAAUGUACAGGCCCCGCCUGUGGCAUCGAGCGAUCCUGCUGCAGACGUCGAACCAAAGGCCACGGAUUCCGGCAGCAAGCCGGUCGGAACAGAAGUGAAGGCCGCUGCAGAUCCUCCCGUUGCACCACGAUCACUGGCCUCCGCAUCGACGACAAAGUAUAGCACUCAGCCCAUGACUCAGGCACAAUCACGCUUCUUGCAAGAGAAGAUGAAGAAUCUGAAGAAGACCAAAAACUCCCUUCCCUUUCUUCACCGUGUCGAUCCGAUAGCGCUUAACAUCCCUUCGUACACAGAAAUCAUCAAACAUCCCAUGGAUCUAGGCACGAUGGAGCAGAAAUUGAAGGGCGGAAAGUAUGGGACCGUUCAGGAUUUUGCAGACGAUUUCAACCUGAUCAUCCACAACACGCAAACGUUCAAUGGUCCGGGUCACGCCGUGACCCAGGCUGGUAUGGCGAUGGAAGCAUAUUUUAGGAAAAUGAUGGAAACUGUCCCAAGCGCCAAUCAGCCGGCUCCAGCCAAGGCUCAGCCGAAGAAGGCUUCGCCCAAACCACCAGCUCUGGCCCGACGAGAGUCGCGCUCUGCACAUCCUGCACCCACGCCCGCGAUAACGGGAACGUCGGAACCAUUCGCCCUUCAGCCUGACGGCACACCGCAGAUCCGUCGAGAGUCCACCACGAAUCGCCCUGCGCGUGUCAUCAAGCCGCCGCCCGCGCGAGAGCUCGCUUACGCCAAACCCAAGCGCAAGGAGCACCAACUGGAGUUGAAAUUUGCCGAAGAUGUCUUGGACAAGAUUCGAGGACCCAAGUAUGCGGCUCUUGCUACCGUUUUCUUGACGCCCGUGGAUCCCGUGGCGUUGAAUAUUCCGCACUAUCGCCAGAUCGUCAAGAACCCCAUGGAUCUGGGGACCAUGACGCAAAAGCUCAAGAACGGCCAAUAUAGUCGAGCUUCGGAAGUUAAGAAGGACUUUGACCUCAUGAUUAGCAACUGCCUCGCCUUCAAUCCCAACGGAAAUCCAGUGCGCGAUAUGGGCAUUCAGCUUCAGCGCGAAUUUGAAUCUUUGUGGCGCGAGAAAGAGAAGUGGGAGAAGAAGCAACGCCAGGCACGUGUCGCCUCUGCUUCUGACGACGAAGAGAGUGCCGAGGAGGAAGAAGAUGAGGAGGAAGAGCAGCCGCAAGAUGCUGCUCAGACUAUAUUGGCGUUGCAGAAGCAACUCGCAGAUAUGCAGAACGCCCUUGCCGGGUUAGGUCAGCCGCCCAAGCCGAAGAAGGCAAAGGCAGCGAAGAGCCACAGCAAGAAGAGUAGUGCAGCACCUGCUCCCAAGUCGAAGCCAGCACCAGCGCCCAAGACGAAGGCCAAAAAGGGAGCCAGGGACGUCACGUAUGAGGAGAAGCAGGAGAUAUCCGAGGCGGUCGGUAAGAUGAAUGCGGCUCAAGUCGAGCAGCUGACACAAAUCAUCACGUCCAAUUGCCAAAAGUAUGCCGAGCAAGAAGAAAUGGAACUCGAGAUUGACGAUCUACCCAACAAUGUUCAGGCCAUGCUCUUGACGUUUGUUCGGGGCAUCUUUGGCAACCCACGCAAAAAGGCUCGCGCUGUGACCCCAGACGACGGCGCUGGUGCAGACGACGAUGAUUUCGAGCCGGGAGAGCGGCGUGGCGCCAAGAGUGGCGGUGGCAAGCGGAAGAAACACAAGCCCAUGGGCAAAGACGAGCAGCAAAAGGUCAUCGAUAAUAUCGAGAAGCAACUCGCUCGAUUCCAAGGUGAAGGCGGUGCUGGUAGCGGCGGCAGUCCCAACAACAUGGGCUUCGCAGCUGGUCGGGCUGACGCGGACACUUCUGGCGAUGAGAGCGAAUCCGAGGAGGAAUAGUCGAUGCAUCCCGCAGGCGCUGUGCUUGUGGCCAAGACGGAAAUCGAGGAGGCCUGGGGCUGGCGACUUUUUGUUGCUGCUGUGUAGCUUUAGCUUGUUGUGAUGUCCGCACCAAGCAACAACGUUGGAGUGCUCCUUUUUUUUUCCUUUAUCCAUGAUGUGUAUGAAUAAGGAGGGAUUGAGGCAGCAGGAUACCUGAGAAACAUCCAGCAGCCCAUCUUGCCUCUCAUCAAUGGAGAAAUGAUGAUUAGUGUACAUGUAGCGCACUAGGAGAAGAAGAUAACAGGUAGUUACGCACGUGAAACGAAGGUACGUAGCAAAUUUGAAAUUCCCGAC